AUCAUUCUUAACCAGUGACCACUUACCGCCAUCUUCGACCACGAUUUCUCAAUCGAUUUUCGUCUCACUUUGACUUAUGUUUUCAAGAGUGUACUAGCCCCUGGCUAGCUAAGAUGAAACGUGUGGCCCCUUUGGUUGAAUAUGCCAGCUCUUCAGAAGACGAUGCGGAAUCCGACGGUACACCCAGGCCUGACAUGCGUAAAUCCGAACCACCUCCCAAACGGCGGAAACUACCAACGCUAUCGUCCGCGUUAGUUGGCCCAGCCCAUAUCGACAACCCCGCACUUCAUGAGGGACGUGUCCGGACGGCACCACACGUCGAAGGACAGUAUGCUGCAUAUGUCUACGUCCCAGUCAAACUUGAACGGAACUCACGGUUACUCGAAUUCGUGCGGGAGACCUUCACUCGUUCCAAGGACUUUGUACCUACGCUACACCCCAUACCUAAGCACUUGCUAGACCUUGAUGCACACACGGAGGAGCCCGCGGAGCUGCAUAUCUCGAUUUCAAGACCGAUCUACGUACGCUCUCAUCAACGCGAGGAAUUAAAGCAGGCUGUUCGUAGGAUAGCAAGAUCUUCUUCACCGUUCAACGCAUCAUUUGCCACCUUUUCUGAGUUGCAGAAUGAUGAGAAGACGAGGACGUUCUUAACAUUGGAAGUCGGCGCAGGUCAUAAUGAGCUGCGGACUAUAUCCGAAGCGUUGAUCCCAACGCUCCGUGCCAUUCGUCAGAAAGAGUUCUACAGCGAACCUCGUUUCCAUGCGUCAUUUGGCUGGGCACUUAUGUCUUGCCCUUCGACGCCAGUCACAAGACCUACAUCUGAAGCAACCACUCCAGAAGAGACUUCCUUGUCUGACGAAUUGAGGUCUGGUAACGAGGACUCUUUCUCGACUAUCGAACGAUUUCCAGAAGAGCUCGUGCCGACGCUGAAGAGGGAAUUCGGUCCUACGUUGCUCACACCAAUUGUGGGUAUAUUUGAGGUGGACUCACUCUGUGUGAGGAUUGGGAAGGAUAUCAAUCGUUGGAAGCUGACGGCCUCAUGAUCAGUUUAUGUGUAGGUACAGUAUAAUAUCCAAUACGUAGCACAUGAUAUGAUACAAACGGUGUCCUAGUGGUUGGUCUGUCUAUGAUUGCAGGAAUGUCCGUCUAUGCGUGCAAGCACAGGACUUGGGGAUUGUCAUUGAUAAAGACUGCUUUAAUUCAUGCAUGAGAUUGUAAAUCG